UGAACACUGGGAAGCGAAUUUGGGUGUGAAAUCUUCAGCAAAAGAGCACGCAGGGUCCAUGAUGGCUCAGACCGAGUGAGUGAGAGGCAGCGCGAGGACGCCGCUGCGCUCCGCUCCCCGCGCGCCCGGACUCGCGGACUCGCGCCGGCUCCAGCCUCUCUCUCUGUCUCCACGAUUUCCUCUCGCAGACUUUUCCCAGGUCUUGAGCGAUCCUGUGCCCAGAAGGGGGCCCGAGCUGCUCAUCCCCGCGAUGAAGGGAAGUCUCUCUCUCUCUCACUCUCUUUGGGCCGGAAUCCUCCUUCUGAGCACCCUGACUGGAAGAAGCUAUGGACAGCCCUCACUGCAAGAUGAACUUAAAGAUAAUACAACUGUCUUCACUAGGAUUUUGGACAGACUUCUGGAUGGCUAUGACAAUCGCCUGAGACCAGGACUGGGAGAGCGUGUAACUGAAGUGAAGACCGACAUCUUCGUCACAAGUUUCGGACCCGUUUCAGACCAUGAUAUGGAAUAUACAAUAGAUGUCUUUUUCCGUCAAAGCUGGAAGGAUGAAAGGUUAAAAUUUAAAGGGCCCAUGACCGUUCUCCGGUUAAAUAAUCUAAUGGCAAGUAAAAUCUGGACCCCAGACACCUUUUUUCACAAUGGAAAGAAGUCGGUGGCCCACAACAUGACCAUGCCCAACAAACUGCUACGGAUCACAGAGGACGGCACCUUGCUGUACACCAUGAGGCUGACUGUGAGAGCUGAAUGUCCAAUGCAUUUGGAGGACUUCCCUAUGGAUGCCCAUGCCUGCCCACUAAAAUUUGGGAGCUAUGCUUACACAAGAGCAGAGGUUGUUUAUGAGUGGACCAGAGAGCCAGCACGGUCGGUGGUUGUAGCAGAAGACGGGUCACGCCUUAACCAGUAUGACCUUCUUGGACAAACAGUGGACUCUGGAAUUGUUCAGUCCAGUACAGGAGAAUAUGUUGUUAUGACCACUCAUUUCCACUUGAAGAGAAAGAUUGGCUAUUUUGUUAUUCAAACGUACCUGCCAUGCAUAAUGACAGUUAUUCUCUCACAAGUCUCUUUCUGGCUUAACAGAGAGUCUGUACCAGCAAGAACUGUCUUUGGAGUAACGACAGUGCUGACAAUGACAACUUUGAGCAUUAGUGCCAGAAAUUCCCUCCCUAAGGUGGCUUAUGCAACAGCAAUGGAUUGGUUUAUUGCGGUGUGCUAUGCCUUUGUAUUCUCAGCUCUGAUUGAAUUUGCCACAGUGAACUAUUUCACCAAGCGAGGCUAUGCAUGGGAUGGGAAAAGUGUGGUUCCCGAGAAGCCAAAGAAAGUGAAGGAUCCUCUCAUUAAGAAAAACAACACUUAUGCUCCAACAGCAACCAGCUACACCCCUAAUUUGGCUAGGGGCGACCCUGGCUUAGCCACCAUUGCUAAAAGUGCAACCAUUGAACCAAAAGAAGUCAAGCCUGAAACAAAACCACCAGAACCCAAGAAAACCUUUAACAGUGUCAGCAAAAUUGACCGACUGUCAAGAAUAGCCUUCCCACUGCUAUUUGGGAUCUUCAACUUGGUCUAUUGGGCUACAUAUUUAAACAGAGAGCCUCAGCUAAAAGCCCCCACACCACACCAAUAGGUCCUCUUAGUUAUAUUCUGUUGUUCAGUCCUCUGCACUGGGAAAUGCUUUCCAUUCUCAAUGCAGUAACUCCCGUCUGCUUUAUCGCCUCUGUCUUAAAGAGUCCGAAGGUUCCCUUAUUUCCAUAAUCCACAUAAGAACAAGCGACCCCUGUCUGGCAGUCUGGAGCAGAGCAGAAAAUGCAACCUGGAGACAGGAUUCUGAGACAGGAAAUGAGAGAACAAAAUCAUGUCAGAAGGCGACAGAAGGAGAGAUGUAAAGGGAGGGAGGAGAGUCCAAAGAUAGAAACAAAAGUAGAAGCAAAACAAACCCUAGCUAGAGCCCCUAGGUCAUUUGUAGAUAUAUAUUUCCAAAUGUUAUUAAAAAUAAUGAAUAUGUCAAAAUAUUUUUAUGUGAAAGUGCUUAAAAGAACAAACUGUAAAUGUUUAAUGAAGAAUUUUUAAAAUAUAUAUAUUACAGAAAUAUGAAGUGCUAAUGUUGUUUUGAUUUUUAAUUAAUAUAUAGCUUUAAUGUUCUGUUUCCAAAGACAACAUAUUUCCUCUUCUCAAAGGCCCCAAAUUUAUUGUUUUUAGUUAACUGCUAUUUUUAAAUCCAUGGAAAUCUUAUAUGUAAUGUUCCAGUUGCUCACUAAAGACAUUUAAUCAAAUGUAGGAAAAAAAAAAAAUGCUUUCAAUAGGCUACUUGGCUAUCCUCUGAGCUUUUACUGCUAGAUUCAAGGAAGAUUCAAUUUGACAAAUACAUACACUUAACAGAAGCUAAUAAGUAAGCAAAUUCAUAAACAAAUAGUUUAAGAAUAUUGUGUUGCACUCUGUUCCCAGAUAUUACACUGGCCCAAUCAUCACCUGAUCCUCAAAGUGAAGAUGUUUUUAGAGGGGCAAAAAUAUUUUUGCAAGGAAUAGAAUUGUUGAAUGUAUUUUUUGUAUAAUGACACUUAAAGUUUUAGAUUGAAAUUUAUGAUUAGCAAACAAAAAUAGAAACUAAAAUUAUGUAAAUAUUUAGCAUGAGAUUGUACAUUUUUACUUUUUAAAAAAAAAGUUUUGUUACUAAAGCACUGCAUAGGAAUCAUCUCUCUCACCUACUAGAGUGUUAUUAAAUUCUAUGGAAAUACAUUUAGAGCCUGAAUUUAAGAAUAGAACAGCUGGCAGGAAUCAGAUGGAACUUAAACUGUAUGGUUAAGAGGUCCCCAUGUGCAGAAAAAGCUUAUCAUUUCAAAUGGUUGCCUGAUAUACAGUAGAUCAGUGGUUAUCUGCUCAAGUUCUGCCACACCACAUUUCCCUAUGUUAGGCUAUUGUAAUAUAGAAAACAAAUGGGACCUAGAAUAUCAACUGUAUAUUAUUGCUAUAUUUGCUGACACCAACUAUUUCAAUAAGUGCUGUACCAUAUGUAGCAUUAAAUAUCAAAUACAUGAACGGAUGUACAGGAAAUAGCUUUUACUGAGUAAUACGAUUACAUUUCAUUUAUAUUGUAGCAAUAUAUUUGUAGGCAUACUAUGUAAGGGCUUUAAAUACAAGAGGAUCAUUAAUAUUCCCUAUAAAAAUUCUAGCCUGAUCCAUUACUGCCCAGAUGUUGUAGAGGUAAAUAUGCAGAAGGUAUUUUUGAAGUCUUCUUUUGUUUGAUAGAAUUUCACAGAUAAUUUAGCAUUCAGAAUCCACAGAACGCUACAACAUAAACUUGUUAGCAUAAUUGCCAAAUAAGACAGUUGGGAUCCAUACUCAUGCCUUGAGCAAUGCUUUUCUCAAAAAAAAGCUACCAUCCAAUGAUAUAGGAAAAGGCACUGUGUUUACCUAAAGCAUCAUUUUUCCUUUUCUAUGUCCUUUAUUGUUUGCUUUGGUCCUGCCUGAAUUUCAUGAGCUAGGCCAAGAAAGGCCGAAUCAAGGACAUUUCAUCCUCUGGUAUCAUGUGUAGAUACUAUGUAUAGAAAAUAAAAGAAAUUAUGGUUCCGAUUUCAAUGUUUCUGUUUAUCUUAUUAUUUUUUCGGCGUUAACCUAAUGUGUUUCUUGACAGCAUUUUAUCUCCCAGACUCAUUGUGGAUAACUUUUGUUAUGUAUUUUGCUCAUUAGAUGUGAAUAUUUCUUAAUAGUCCGCUUUCUGCUAUGCAAUGACUGCAUUUUAUCAUUUCUUGGUUUGUUAGUACACGUGGAUAGUAUCCUGUUAUGUAAAUUGAUUGCAUAGUUGAUCAAAGACAAGAUUAUUCUAUGUAGCUUUUCUACAAUGCUUUGCUAAACCAUGUUAACACAAGCUAAGUCUUCCUUGAAAAUAAAGAUACACUCUUAUAGAGGGACAGUUCCUGUUUACUCCCAGGAAAAUUUUUUUAAGAUGACAUUGAAUGUUUAUUGCACUUAGUGCAGUGAAGUGGCAAUAAAACCUAACAUGAGUCAAGGUUGUUUAUGGCAGAUGCAUGUAUUGCUUCACAGAGUUUAGCAAAAGCUCUUAAUUUUAUGUCAUAUUGUAUUCUAUUACAACAAUAAAGCUAACAUUAUUCAAUAA